AUGAAACGUCUUCAAGGUAAUCGUCAUCCUCCCUCUUCUUCUCUCUCCUCUUUUGUUACGGUCGAGCAACCUACCGCCUCCACUACCACCAUCACAACCUUCUAUUACGACAACUACCUCGUCAGCCGACGAUCCCAAGCAAAACCUAAACCAUGUCAUCAAUUCAAUUUAGAAAACCCUAGGAACCAUCCAUCGGCUCUACCUCACUAUCUCUUCCUUCAAUGUUUCCUCCCAACUCCCGCUUCUCCAACGCCUGUACAAGUCAAUGCUAAAGAAAGGGUCGGAAGAUGUUGCGGUGUAGGCCUCUUCUUUCUUGUUAUUGCUUUGGGAUUAUAUUAUCUUAUAUGGAAGAAGUCUAAGAGGACUAAAGAAGGUAUUCAAUACAUUCAGCAGUCGUAUAAAGUCAGUGAAGCAUUUCCAUUUAAGUGGAUAAAUAAAAAAUGGAGAGAGGGGUUUCAUGUCACUACUAUGGCAACUGCAGGAAGUAAAUGGGAAAUUGUUAUGUCCCUUGGUGCUGGAUUUUCUAAUCAGGUUGUGAAGCUGGACUUUUUGUAUCCAAGUGAAGGUAUUCAUAGAAGAUGGGAUGGUGGAUAUAGGAUAACAUCAACCACUGCUACGUGGGACCAAGCUGCUUUUGUUCACAGUGUCCCCAGAAGAAAGCCUGCAGACGAGACACAGGAAACAUUGCGCACUUUCGCUUUUCCUAGUACACAUGUUAAGGCUGAAAAUGCUCUUUUCAUCUUUCAUCCUUUCUCAUGGAAAAUAUCCCUUUCUAGGGCUGUUUUUGAUGAUGGAGAAGGGUGUUUUUGCCUUUUCCACAUACCAGAGAUUAGAAGCAAAUCCCUCUAUGGUGAUGUAGCAUUGUUGGAUGAGUCAAAAGAUGUUGGGGAAAGAAAUCAACGCCAAAUGGAAACCCUUUAUUGUGGUGUUGCUUCAGGUUUGGGAAUAUUGCUGGGGAGGGGCUUUGAUGCUUCAGAGUUAUUUAGAGAACAUAUCACUAUGAGGAAUGAGGCACUUCGAGUUGCUUUCAUACAUGUUGAAGAGUUUCCAGGUGGUGAUGGAAAGAUCACAAAGUCAUCUUAUUCGAAGCUUGUGAAAGCUGAUAUCAAUGGAAAAGACCAGUGGGGAAAAGUCAAAGGUUUUAGAUUCCACCCAAAUCUUCAUGGAAUUGUAACGAUAGAAUCUGCUUCGGUUUAUGGUCCUGAAGCAGAUAUAUGGAGUGCUGGUGUGAUUCUUUACAUUCUUCUUUGUGGGGUCCCACCUUUUUGGGGAGUGACUGAAUUCAUGAUAGAAUCUGAAAAUGAGAUCUUUGAAGAGGUUUUGAGGGGUAAACUCGACUUCUCCUCAGAUCCAUGA